GCGUCGAACCUUUACUGUUUACCACCACAGGGUGUACAGUGUGCUUGAUCGCUUGCACAUUGAAAUUUCCUCUGCACACUUAUUUGUUGCUUAAACGCGCUUUACUAUGAGCAAGAAGGGAGGAAAAGCAUCUCAGGGCCAUAAGGAGCCCGUGCAGUACGAACUUCGCGAUGUCGUGCUCGCGAAGGUACGCGGAUACCCUCCUUGGCCUGGUAUGGUCGUCGACCCAGACAGUGUUCCUAAGAACGUUGUAAAGGAACGGCCCACUGGCAAGGGUAAAAAGGGUCUCUGGUAUUGCGUCAGAUUCUUCCCUGCUGGUGACUAUGCGUGGCUAGUGUCAAAAGAUAUCUCCCGAUUACAACAACACGAGAUCCAAGCAUAUAUCGCGGAGCCCUUCAAGCGUAAUGGUGACCUCCUUGAAGGUUAUAGGAUUGCCCAGGACCCUACAAAGUGGGAGGAAGAGCGUGAAGCCGCUCGUGCAGAAGCCGCCGAAGUGGAAGCCAACGAAGAGGUGGACCAGUUGGCGAGUGACGGCGAGGAAGAGGCAGAAGAAGAUGAAGACGAAAAGAAGACGAAAACAAAGAAGCGAAAGCGUGAGUCUGAGGUCGCGCCAAAGAAGCCCAAAGCGAAGCCCAAGAAGGAGUCGAUUGAAUCCGCUGUUUCGAAGAAAAAGGCUGCUGCUGGCAAGGGCAAGAAGAAUGGUGUUAAGUCCAAGGCGAUGAUCGAGUCGGAGGACGAAGCGGCGGGCGAGGGGGAGGAUGAGGACGCUGGUCCCAGCCAAAAAGCGUCCCCACCGCCGACAAAGAAAGCAAAGAAGGAAAAGGAUGAGGACGAAAACGAUCCGUUGAGCAAGGAUCCCGAAGCCAAGAAGGUCAGGGAGUGGAGACAUACACUCCAGAAAGCAUUCCUCAGCAAGACGAUUCCAAAGGAAGAGGACAUGCCGCAGCUUGCAGAACUGUUCACGACAGUGGAAAACUACGAGAACAUGAACAUCAACUACCUCUCAUUCUCAAAAAUCGGCAAGGUCAUGCGUCAUAUAUUCGUUCUACCCGCAGACAAAGUCCCCCGCGACGACGAGUUCCACUUCAAGGAGCGAGCCAAGGCCUUGGUUGACAAAUGGCAUGAUGUCUUAAAUGCUAACAAGCCUCCCGCUACCACGAACGGCAAUGGAGGCAGUAAGGAUGCAACUUCUACUCCUACUGGUGGAGAUUUCGCCAAACCGGCUGCCAACGGGACCGCAGAAAAGGCCGAUACCGCCGAUACAUCCCUAUCUAACGGCACCAAAGAGGAAUCUGAGCUCAAGGCAGGAGAGCCUGCUCCUACAGCGACAAUUGAGGUUGAGGCCACCACGACUGAGGCAGAACCUGCAGAGACUAAGCCUCUCGCUGCUGAAUCCUCAUCGAUGGACGUCGACGUGGAUGCCAAGGGCGACGCUGAUGGUUCUACGGACGCUCCGGCCGACGCCGAUGCUCCUGCAGACGCAGAUGGCACGGCGGACGAGAGUGUGCUUGCAGAUGUUACAAUGUCUGAAGCAUGAUGCUUUGAAGUCCCACGUCAGUCUGUAUGUUUGCAAUCAUUACAAGGAACCGUUCCUUCUGUUCUGACGACAGCAUACACAGUAGGCUGUGAUAGCGAUGGACAUAGAUGUCCAUGUAGUGAAGUGAAAAUGUUAUGUCCCUCCGGUUUCUCUUAAUUUUUCACUGAAGUAUCGCUUUGAGCACAGUGCCAAUGAUCUUUGUUGUUCUUUCUAGUCUUCAGUGUACCUCACGGGGAGCUGCUCGAAGGUGUUGUUCAUUUCUUGGCGGGUUACUCGAAUUUUGAGUCAUGCUGCUCUCUUCAUUAUUUCUUAGUUGUUAUCUUUUUUGUACCCAUAUAAAUUUCAACCUUUCAGCUUGUAGUGUUGCUUAUAAUCCAUUUGCAUCUCCUGUCCAAGAAUGUGCCGGUGAAUGAAUUGGUUUUGUUCAUCGUUUUGAUUUCUUCCGUAUGCGGAAGCCUACUUUGAAGUACACGGGAAAAGGUCUAUGAUUGGGUCCUGGAGUGUCACGAUAAAUUCAUAUCCAUAUGAAGAUUGUAUAUAAUUAUGCCUAUGCCACAACUGUG